AUGGCUUUUGGGGAAGUUAACGUCAAGGGUAUGUUGUUUCUCGCUUGCGCGGUAGUGAUGGUCUCAAAACGUGCUUCUGCUGUUGAGGUUCCGGACUCUAGCGUGUCCAUAGGAGAUUUUCACUGGCCUUUGAACAACAUAACCAACGCCAAGCUAAAUGAAACCGCCCUUAACAAGAUUGCGGUGGCAUAUGGCAAUGUCGAGGACGAGGACGGGUAUGUGACGCUAUCUGACAGUAAAGCACAUAUCUACGUAGAGCAAGACUUCGCCGCACAGUGUAUCACGAAUCCAAACUUCUGUCCACAUGGAUUGACCGUGGCAUUUUGGGUUCGAUUUCCAGAUGCAUUGCCAUCGGCUGACUCAGUCAACUACAUCAUUACGUCUGGUGCUGAGGUGUACAACUCGACUGGUUUCGUGCUCUACCGGUCUAAUGACCUGUACGUGGUCACAAUACGUGGAUCCGAUCUGCUUUGGAACGUGUCUGCCACAUUCUCUACAAGCGCAUGGUCUCAGGUGGCAUUCACUUGGAAAAUUUCGAGUGGUGUCAAACUCUACAAGGAUGGCACACUUCAAGCGUCUUCAAACAAUAAGAUAGGAGUAGAUGGCGUCCAAGGACAAGACUCAAGGCUGUAUAUCGGUGUCUCUGGGAGUGUCCCAUCCGCAGGAGCGCCGUCGCUGAGUAUUCACAGCCUGACCAUCUGGCACCAGGAGCUGGAGUUGGACACGAUCAACAAGUACAUGAGCUCAGCCCAAGUUGCAUUUGGUCCAGAUCCAAGUGGUUUGUCCCCGUCUUGGAGCUCAAAUUAUUACAAUUCUGAAACUCCCACAAUCGGAACAGGCCCAGCAAGAAGCGUUCAAGAUCCACAGACAUUUGGGGUGUACUAUUAUGUAAACUUUACUUAUUCCCAACCAAUCUCAUUGUCAAUCCCGAUAUCGUUGGGUGAGUUGGGUGCUUGGACAUUGUGCUGGUUCCAAAGGAUUUCACUACCCAAAGAUGAGCAGAACAUCUUGUUAAUGAGCGCGGGCAACGGAGUCACGAUUACUUUUUCAAUGAAAACUUCACUCCUGAUCUCUUUUACUAGCGAGAGAGAUAACGAGAAAAAAACACUUGAUGACUUGACGAGUGACUCCUGGAAUCAUAUCUGUCUGCUGCGAGAUGUUGACAGCACUUUCACCGUUUACCUAGACGGUACGAGACAAGACAUUUCUCUAAAAAAAAGUGAAAGCUACGUGCUCGUGCCAACCAUCACCCUCCUCCUUUCCGACGGCAGCGCAGGCAAUCGUUUUAUGGGAGAUCUCACAAGACUUAACAUGUGGAACCACGUUUUGACCGCCGACCAGAUAAAGGCGCUUGGAUCAUGCUCGCUUGUUGAGGGGAACGUUAUUCGCUGGUCCGAAGUUUUAGAUAGCGCGUUGCGAGAUCGUGCCAACGAACUCUGGUCAUCCUACCAGUGCACCCAAGAUUAUUGGUUCCUCGAGGCGUCAAACGGCAAUGAUCCGUACGUUAGCAAGCCUUUCCGUCUCGUGUCGGGGGAAAUUCCUCCCCACGUCGACUGUCUACAUUUUGACUACAGCAUGGAGGGAAGCGACAUGGGCCGUCUCAAAGUGCGACUCGAGCAGCAAGAUGGCGCCAGAUCCCUUCUCUGGUCCAUUACUGGGAGCCAAGCUUCUGGAUGGCAUGCGGAAAGUCUUCGCAUUGCCAAUAUUACAGGAUCGAAGCUUGUAUUUGAGGGCAUACCUGGUGGAGUAAAAAGCGACAUGGCGAUAGAUCGAAUAAUCUUGAGUAAAGACAGCAAAUGCCCUCUAUCGACUUACAGCGGAAUAAAAGGUAUUCGUUCCAAUAUUCUUGACCACCACCCAACGAGAAAAAUCGAGUUGCAGUCCUUGAUAGCAAAGGCUACCGGCACUAGUGAAUUCUGGGAACCCUGCUUUAGCCUGUCAAGGGAGGGUUGGCCAAGUGUUGAAUCCAUCUACACUAAGUGUGCAGACAAAGGGCCCAUCCUUCUGCUUGUCCGUUAUAACCAGGAUUAUGUUGUUGGAGGGUUUUAUGACAAGUCCAUGAAAGGUUACGGACGUUGUAACUCAUCCAUGACAAGCGACAAGGCGUUCCUAUUCAGUCUAAACAGUCAUUUGGGAACAACCCAGAAAGUCCUCCCCAUCUACGACAAGACCAAAGCUAUUAUUUGCGAGGAUGUAAACAACUUCCCAAGAUUUGGAAGUGAUCUAAUGGUUAACUUUGAGACGAAUCGUUUAGCUUUGCACUUUGGGCAGAUUUACAAGGGUGAAGAUAUCCAAUAUGGUCAAUCGGAACAGAUGUUUAGACCUGACGACGUAGAGAUACUUAUUAACUCAGAGGCGUUCUGUGCAGACUGUCCCUCUGGAAUGGAAUGCAACUCGUUAAAGGGACGGUGUGAGUGCGAAAAUUCCAGGUUCUUUCAGAAGUGUUCGCAAGGACAAGGUAUUGACUACUUCACCGGAACUGCGGUCGACGUCUACCCACUUGAUCAACCAACAGACAUAGUGAACUUCAAACGCUUUGCAUGGGGAUCGGCUAGCGGCGUGAAGCAAGUCAAGAAGGCGGUGCGCGGAGGUGGCUUAUCUACUCCUGGAGGUAGCUUCCUUACACUCAAUACAUCAGAGUGCUUAGGAAACCCUGAAAGCUGCAAGAAAGGCAUGACAAUAGCCUUUUGGCUGAGGUACAAUAGGACCCAGUCCGCCAUCAGGCCUGUGCUCCUCUGCGCCGGAACAUGCUCUGAAGGCUCCCAAGGAAUCAAGAUCUAUUUAAAGAAUCCUGAAGAGAUGGUUUUGCAGGUCGUGACAAACUCGAAAACGCUUUACAGGCAGUCUAUUGAAUUCGGAGUUGGCGUGUGGACUCACCUCGUCAUUACAAUAGAUCCGUCUACUGGAAACAUUGUAUACGUAAAUGGUAGAGUUCAAUUUGGAAACAUUGAAGAAUUUGAGGGGGUGUACACACUACAGGAUGAAGCAGCGAACGUCACCCUUGGGGGGUCUGCACAGGCGGAUUUUGAUGAUUUCCUGGUCUAUGAAAGCGUUCUCUCACCUGAAGACACCGCACACUUAUAUGCCUUCUAUAGCGGUAGAAACGUCAGUCGGCUUAAAAUUAAAAUUGAAAUAGCAUAUACCUAUGGACAGUGGGGUCUGCCAGAAAAUGACGGUUUACCGAAAAUAAGCGAACAACAACUGGCGGAAUUUGGGGUUACCCAAGACAAGAUAAACGCCCUCUAUGGGGGAGAAAAUGGGGUACAGGGCAACCCACCGAAAGUGCUGGACACAAACGUGAUGUCUUCGCCCGGUAACGAAAACACGCUUGUGGCCUUGAUGUUGGAAUUCAGCCCUGCUGGGUACGAGGCAGCCAGGGGCUUUAUACAUCACAUUGAGACCAACAAGACACUCAACUCCCUCUACGAUAUAUUAAACGUGAUUUCUAUCGCAUUCGACAAUGUUUACUACAAGCCUGUCAGCAUCCUUUCAGUUACUGCUUCUGGUAAUUCUGCUAACAUCUCGUGGACCGCGUUCCACGAUACUGCUCACAAUGGUUUAUACCAAGGAUUCAAGAUAGAGCUUUACAAUGGUUCAGCAGUCGUGCUGGAUCAUAGAUCUGCCGAGUGGUCGACUAAUGUGACCGGACUUAGACCUUUAACUAACUACACCGCAAGAGUCGCCCCUUUCACCAUGGAGGGAGUUGGCAACUGGAGUGAGACUGUGAGCUUUACCACCCCUGAUCUACCUCCUGAGGUCGCACCAGAUGGUCUCACCGCUCACGCACUGUCACCUAGCGCUGUACGCGUUAGCUGGAACAGGCUCGAAUCCGUAGCUUUCAAUGUGCUUGCAUACUGGGUGGUGUACUCAGAGACUGGUAGAGCAGGAUCUUUGUUAACAGAUAUAAAGAUAAUUGCCGGUGCCUCUUCCAACACCAUAGAUAUCGGCAACCUGAAAGCAUCUACAUCGUACAGUAUCGGAGUACAAGCUGUUUCGACUUUCCCAGGACCGGCUAGUGAUCCUGUGAAUGUGACAACACUGGAUGGAGCCCCAAGCGCUGGACCGCCGACAAGUGCGCACGUAGUUAACGGAACCGCCCUUCGGGUGGAGUGGGGAGAGAUCCCUGAGGCUUCUCGUAAUGGGAGAAUCACAGGUUAUGACAUCGCAUGCAAGGAAAAUAUCAGCUCGACCAUCGUUGUUAGUGAAAGGGUUCAUGCUAACAGAACUAGUGUUGUGAUCGACGGGCUGGAUUACGACACUGUGUAUAAAGUGACCGUGAGUGGAAGAACGUCUGGUGGACCUGGGAAUGCGACCCUUGUACUGGCGAGGACUCAGUAUGGAGUUCCUUCCAUUGCCCCGCGGAACGUGACGGUAGUGGAUACCAACAGCACUGCCAUCCGCCUAAGCUGGGACUCUCUGACGCGAAAAGAGGCACGCGGCCCCCCUGUUGGGUAUUACAUCGCUUUGCUGUCGUUGAAUAACUCACAUGUUGAGGAGUUCACCGUAAUGCUCUCGUCAGCAUGUGGGUCGACGGUGGUGGUCCAGGACUUGCGACCUGUUACCAUGUACCUGAUCCAAGUAGCCGGGUUCACAAUUCAAGGAGCUGGACCUCUUGCCAAUCUUAACGUGACCACAGCAGAAGCCGAGCCCACUCUCAGCCCCAACAUCACCCUGAUCUCCGCAAGCCCUUAUGGAAUCACAAUCGGAUGGACGCCAUUGCCCGUUCAUGUUCUUCAAGGCUAUGUGCGCGCUUAUAUCGUGGAGUACUCUGGUACCGGCGCUAAUGUUAGUAAUGGCUCCGCCCACGCCUCUGCAUCAGCGACCAGGAUAACACUGCUUGGUCUUCGCUUUAAGUCCUUGUACAGUAUUCGGAUGAAGGUGUUGACUAUCAUUGAGGCUCCAUUCUCUAAUACUUUGAUGGCGAACACCACUGAAGCAGCUCCUCCGGUUUGCCCGCCAAAUGUCGGCACCGAAUACAUAACUGAAACAAAAGUGAACAUCACUUGGCAAAGUAUUCCCCAAGAAGAAGCUGGAGGGGUAAUACUUGGCCACAUGUUAACUUACGUCAUCGCGAACUCUUCGGAUAGCCACCGGACUAUCCAAGUGAAUGGCUCUCAAAUGUUUUACCUACUCGACGGUCUACGCAAGUAUACUAGCUACUUGGUUACCCUCGCGGCAUUCACCAGCACCGGCAAAGGGAAGAACUGUUCGCUGAUUGUCAAAACUGCUGAAGGAAAGCCCGCAGCAGAUGUCAACGUUACAAUUUCGUCCGUCAACACCUCUGCCAUCGUCAUCGCUCUUGGGGAGGUGGAAGGCAAUGUUAACGGCGCCCUGCGUGGUUAUGUACUCACGCUCUAUGACACUCUUCGGAAUGUGAACAUCACAGUUUACACCUGUGCUGGAAGCGGGGACCUGUCUUUGAACGACCUGUUCCCAUACACACCUUAUAAAGUGUUGGUGGGAGUGUUCAAUAACGACAACUUAGGGAAUUCAUCAGAAGCUGCUUCGUUCCGUACCUUAGAAGCUGCACCAAGUAAACCACCUAGGAAUGUGACAGCUAAAAACAGUAGCUCAACCACUUUAACACUGACAUGGAGUCCCCCAGACGAGUUCUACCUCAACGGCAUUCUUCAGGGUUACCGCGUAUUUUGGCAGAAAACAUUUGAAUCCAAUCCUGUGGUGCACAACAUGACUGUCCCCACAUCUCAAGCUGAAGAUCAGGUGUCAACCCGCAGGAGACGGCGUGCGGUGACGCCUUGCUGUGGCCAAAUGACGCUAGUACUUGAUGGCUUACAGCCUUACACCAUGUACACAAUCAGAAUCCUCGCCUUCACCGUGGCUGACGGUGAAUUCGUAGCAAUAAACGCGACGACAAAUGAAGACGUUCCCAGUAGUCCUCCACUCAACGUGACCUUGACAGCCAACGAUACGUCCAUCAAUGUCACCUGGCAACCUAUCCCUGAGCAAAACACCAAUGGUGAUCUACUAGGGUACCACGUGUUCUACCAGGAGUCGCACACCGGUAACUCGACUCCCCGCCUGGUGACUGUGGACCGCAGCUCUUUGGCCGUGCAGCUGCUGAAUCUGACGCCCUACACGGGAUACCUCGUGUCUGUUGCUGGCUUCACGGCUCCCGGCACAGGAGAAGUGUCUACAAUGAUGAGCAUUAAUACCAGCGAGAUCAGACCAGGAGCAGCGCCCACGAGUAUUGGUGGCAGCGGUAUUAGCACCAGUUCCGUCAGCGUUACCUGGCAACCGGUUCCCUUGAACAAGCAGUUCGGACGAAUUCUCGGCUACAAGAUCCUAUUAUGGAAUGUGACCUUUCAGAUGAAUGUCUCGUUGGUUGGCGAGGACGUGCUUUCUCAUGUGGUCAGCGGCCUCUACACACUCACAAGCUAUAAUGUAUCGCUGCUCGCGUACAAUAGAAUGGGUGAAGGGCCCUGGAGUGAGAGCAUAGUCUUGACCACACUAAAUAAGUGUAAGCCUUCGACUGUUUUCAUUCUUUACAAUCCUUUCGUGGUUCUAUAA